AUGUCCGUCAUAUGCGCCCUCUGGCACGCCGUCGUCCUAGUAAUUAAAUCCGCUGAGCCGUUUAUAAGACACAAGCAGAUGCAUAUCACUACUUUUGUUCUCAACCCAUCCGAAAGGAUAUCCACCUAUGAUACCAACAAGAACAUUUCUGUCGUCAUGGUAUUGUGUGGAAGAGUCCAAGGUAUGGAUGUCUGGACUGUCGAGCACGUCUUUCCAUGGCCCGUGAUGCAGACCUUUUGGCCCAAGACGUUCAUAGGCUCUGUCACAGACCCCACGUAUCAGGUCAUCCGGGUCUAUCAAUGCCUCACCAAGUGGGCGGAAACCGUAUACCAGCCCUGGUUUCUCAACUGUCCUCAUCAAGACGUCGACAUCAAUACGAUCCCCAGCCGGGUCUGGACCAAUCAUUCCGACUCAGACCUCCGCAUCUUGGUCAAUCGUCUACUCCAAACUUGGAAUAGGGUAGCAAAGGCGGGAAGACGCUGGUCAUUAAGAAAUAGAAUGAUAUCCUCUCCCAAUGACAUUUCAGCAGAGGAUGGCGGGAGAAGACCGUUGGAGAAGCGGGCCCCUCACCAUGGCUCCGGUGGUCCCAGACUUUGCCUGCCUAUUCUCAAGAGGGUGUCAGAGACUAGGACCGUACAGAGUAACAGCGUCAUCCAGGGGCUAGCUGAGGGUCACUAG